AAAAAAUGAGUUUUGAGUUGAAUUCGUUCUGAAAGGAUCAUAAGAAUGAUAAAAAGCUAUUAGAUAUCGCUCAACAUAACCGGAGUUUUACUAAGAAUUCUAACAGGUUAAUUACAAAGUCUUCUAGCCGUCAAAGACCUUCGAGAAUUGAUAAGAUUCAGAAGAAAUAUUCUUGACAAAACAGAGAUCAUGACAAGAGUAGUUCAAAAUCUCCACUUCAUCAUAAAGAAAAUUUGAGUUUUAAUAUCCAAACAUCGAAGAUCCAUAAUUUUACUCCUUCAAAUCAGAACUCGUCUAGCUUUAAUUUUAAAGACAACCAAAAAUUUCUAGAGAAAGAGCUGAAGGUUCUGAAAGCCAAUAAGAAGUGCCAAAGCAAAGAUGGAGAAAAGAGCAUGACGCUUUAUCUCCUGGAGAAAGUCACUUCUUUGGAGUGCAGACUUGAGCAGGAACAGAAAUUAAACAAGGAACUUACCAUUGCUAGGGAGAGUAAUAACCAAGAGCUCAUUUUGGCGGAAACUAAGAUCUUCAAAUUGACUAAGAAGAAUAAGCAGAUGAAAGAGAAGAUUGAUGAACUUGAAACUGAGCUUAAAAUGACUACUGCAGCUUUGUUGACUGAUAUCGAAGCUCAUAAAGCUGAACUUACUCAGGUUAAGACAAAGUUAGAAAAAAUAGAGAAAUUGUAUAAAGAAGAGCAGAAUAGCUCAGUUUGUAGUCUCAAAUCAAAGCCAAAUUCUUUGACAUCAGUGAAAUCCCAAAUAAAAGCUCUUCAGUUACUCAGACAAUCACCCUCAUCACUAAAACCCCCAUCUCAAUUUACAUCCCACAGCCCUGAGGAAAUUUACCACUCAAAUGCUCCAAAGAGCAGGCCAAAUCUGCUAAAGCAGCCAAAGCAGGUGGAUAACUCAAAGAAGAGAAAUAGACUAGAGGAUAUGAUCAGUAAGGAACAGGAUAAGAACAAGUCUAUUUUGGAGGAAAUUAGAAAACUUAAGAAGUAUAACCAAAGUUUUGAACUAAACCACUAACCCAGAAGUCAAUAACCGUUCUAAAUUUUCA